AUGAGCACGGCAGAGACACUGCUGCAAGUCCUGCUCAUGGCUCUGGGCGCGGUGGCGCUAGUCAUCAUGCUAAAGGAUUCACAGACUAAUGAAUUUGGUUCCUUUUACUAUUCUGAAAAUGGCCCUUUCAGAUAUUUAGUGCAUGCUAGCUGCAUUUGUUCUGGCUAUUCCCUUCUCUCUGCCGUUGUGGCCGCCGUACCAAAGUCCGACCAGGUCUACUUCGUCACUUUCAAGCUUCUGGCCUACAUGAUCCUGGUAGUGGGUGCGAUAUCAUCGGAGGUGGCGUACUUCGCAUAUAAAGGGGACGCCGCCAUUAGGUGUAGCCAAACUUGGCAUAUACUCAUCUCCUCAUAUAGACUUUUCAGCAAAUAUGAUGCACCAGCUGCCUAUAAUAACAGAGAGAUCAAUAUUGCCAAUUUCAAAAGCAGAUUCCGCCAUCAUCUCCGGCCAAUCUCCACCAUCCACACCCCUCGGCUGAUUGUACCGUUAUCUCCACCUAAAAUCCACUCCUGA